AUGCUUUACUUGCUUUGCAUUGCCCUCCUGGCCGCCGUGCCUGUGGUCGUUGCCGCUCCAGCUGACUCGAAGCGAGCUGGCGCACCCACAGUCACCAUUUCACAACCUCAAGCUACAGUCAUUGGCUCCUCCGGGUCAAACGUCGAUAGCUUCAACGGAAUUCCAUUUGCGCAGGCGCCAACAGGCUCACUUCGUCUGAAACCACCCAAGGCAAUACAGACAUCGUUAGAGACUGUUCAAGCUACCGGGUCCGCCAAGUCCUGUCCCCAGUUCUUUUUCACCACUGAUACCAGCGACUUUCCCAUCUCUGUCAUUGGGGAGCUGGCUAAUAUUCCACUGUUUCAAAUGGUCUCAAAUGCUGGUGAAGACUGCUUGACUGUCAGCAUCCGACGUCCAACUGGGACCGCAGCUGGUGCAAACCUGCCCGUUUUGGUUUGGAUUUUUGGUGGCGGCUUCGAGCUCGGAUCAACAGCCAUGUAUGAUGGGACAACCUUGGUUUCUGCAUCGAUGAACCUGGGUAUGCCCAUUGUAUUUGUUGCUAUCAACUAUCGCGUAGGUGGAUUUGGCUUUAUGCCAGGAUCGGAGAUCCUCAAAGACGGUUCAGCCAACUUAGGUCUACUUGACCAGCGUCUCGCCUUGGAAUGGAUCGCAGAUAAUAUCAAAGCCUUUGGUGGUGACCCCACAAAGGUGACUAUCUGGGGUGAAUCUGCUGGGUCGAUAUCUGUCUUUGAUCAGAUGGCUCUCUAUGAUGGUGACCACACUUACAAUGGUGCACCUCUCUUCCGAGCUGGUAUCAUGAACUCGGGAAGUAUUGUACCCGCCGAUCCUGUUGACGGUGUCAAAGGCCAAGCGGUGUAUGACAAGGUUGUGGCAUCUGCUGGCUGUGCCAGUGCCUCGGAUACCUUGGAGUGCUUGCGUGGAUUGGACUAUACAACAUUCUUGGAUGCCACCAACUCCGUGCCGGGAAUCCUAUCGUACAACUCUGUCGCACUGUCGUACUUACCCCGUCCAGAUGGCACAGUUCUCACUGACUCACCUGAGGUUUUGGCGAAAAGCGGAAAUUAUGCCUCGGUUCCUUUCAUCAUUGGUGAUCAGGAAGAUGAGGGGACGAUCUUUGCCUUGUUCCAGGCAAAUAUCAGUACCACAGCUCAAGUUGUCGAUUAUCUCCAGAAGAUCUUCUUCUUUGACGCCUCACGCGAGCAGUUAGAAGCGCUGGUUGCGACUUACCCCGAUGUCACAACCGAUGGCUCUCCCUUCCGGACUAGUAUUUUCAAUAAUUGGUAUCCCCAGUACAAACGCAUUGCGGCGAUACUCGGUGAUCUCACAUUUACAAUUACACGACGAGCUUUCCUCACGCUCGCUAAGAAUGUAAAACCCGAUGUGCCUUUCUGGUCAUAUUUGUCGUCCUAUGACUAUGGAACGCCUAUCCUAGGCACAUUCCAUGGGUCCGAUAUCCUGCAGGUAUUCUAUGGUAUUUUGCCAAAUUAUGCCUCCCGAUCGAUCCAUUCAUACUACUUGUCGUUUGUAUAUGAUCUGGACCCUAACUCUAGGGCAUCGAGUUAUAUGGAUUGGCCCCAGUGGAGUGACAAUCAAACCCUUAUGAAUUUCUUCAAUGACCACGGAGCUCUGCUGGCAGAUAACUUCCGUCAAGAUACCUUUGAGUUUAUCUCGGCGAACGUCGCUUCAUUCCAUAUCUAA